AUGAGUUAGAAUAUUGAUUAAUUUUUGAAAUUUUUCGUAUUCGAAGGAACGCAAAGUAUCACUAAAAUUCUAAAUUUAAAAUAACUCUAGUUUGCAAAUCCCAGACUCAUAAAACGAUAAUAACCUAAUCACUUUGAACUUGCUGAAUUAAACAAGAAAUCAAAAUUAAUAUCAGAGAAUGUAUAAUUAUUUUCUAAUAAGGCUUUUGAUGUAGUUUCAGAAUUUUAUAUCUUAUUAAAGCAAUGCAAAUUUGAAAAUGUGAGUACUAAAAUAAUAUUCAAUUAUAUGUUGAGUUUGCAGUUAAAAAGAAAUUAUAUCGAUUGUCUUCAUUUGAAUACCACUGACAAGAAUUAUAUUAUAAGUGUAGAUAUUAUUCCAGAAUACAAAGAAUAAAUUAUUAGAUAAAUGUAUAGUUUUGUUAAUUGGGUUGUUCUUUAUUAGAAGGGAUAGAUUACUUGUGGGGAAUUUAAAACAGAUUACUAAGAUUAUGCCCAUAUACAAAUCUUUGAAAACUAAAAGAAAUUAAUCUUAGUUAUAGGAUAUAACAAAUUAGAGUCUGAACUAUUUUUAUCCCUAAACUUAGUAAGAAACUAAAACUAUUUGAGAAACCAUUUAUCAUUAUUAAAUAUACCUGAAUGUAGAUAGGAUACAUUUUGUUCAAUUCUAUACCAUUUUGUGUCUAUUAUCAGAAAGAUGUUAAGAUUCUCAGAUACAAAAAGAUAUGAUUCUGAAUUAAGAUAACUUAUAUCUGCAAAUGCUUCGAUUUUGAUAGAACAUCCAGAAAAAUAAAAACAUAUUCCAUAUUUAGGAACAUUCAAUCAUUGUGACUUUGUGCUCUUUGAUUUUAAGGUAGCUAAUCAAUUAGAAUUUGAUAAAAGACUUAAAAAUUUUUAAUAUCAAAAAGAAUUAAUAAUGUCCAUUAUUAUCAAUCUAAAGACUCUCUAUGUAAAAUCUAAAGAUGAUAUGUCGUACUCUUUUGUGCUUUCUGGAUAAUAUUUGCUUGUCACAUUUUAGUAUAAUAUUGAUGGGGCAAUUUUAUUGAAAGAAGGGGAAUUGAGAAACAAAUUAAUUUCAGAAUGCUAUGAAUUUGUGGAAUAGGAUUUCGAAUAUGGAAUAAAGAAAAUAAUAAUAACAAACCAAGAGAAAAAUUAAAAAAAGGAAGAAACUUUGAAAUCAUAAAGAAAUUAAAAGAUUGCUGAUCUAAUAACAACCUCAGUUAAUACAGCAUUCUCAUGGUAUGAUUACGCCAAAUCGGUUAAUUUAACAAACAAACCACAACAACUAGCAAACAAAUCGCUUACUCCAAGAAGACAAUGA